UCAAUCAAUUUUAUUAAAUCCGAACCCGUUAACCCGCUAAAGCUUCAAAACACACGAGAAAACGAAGAGAGGAAUAGAGAGAGACUUCGGCGGCAGGAGAGGGCGGCGAGCGCGACGGUGAUGGCGAAGCGCGGCGGUGGAGGCGGCGAUGAUAUCUUCGAAGCCCUACAGGACUUCACGAGCAAAGAUAACUGGGACAAGUUCUUCACCCUCCGUGGCUCCGGCGACUACUUCGAGUGGUACGCUAACUGGCGCUCUAUAGAAGCUCCCCUCCUCUCCUUACUCUCCGGAAGCGGAGGAACGGAUCUCCGGAUCCUCGUGCCGGGAUGCGGUAGCUCCAGUGUCUCUGAGAAGCUUUACGAUGCCGGGUACCGGCAGAUCACCAACAUUGAUUUCUCCAAGGUGGUUGUUUCCGAUAUGCUUCGGAGAAACGUCCGGAGCCGACCAGAGAUGCGGUGGCGGGUCAUGGACAUGACGGAGAUGCAGUUUGCAGAUGGUUCAUUUGAUAUUGUCCUUGAUAAGGGAGGAUUGGAUGCUUUGAUGGAACCAGGGGUCGGAUCUAAGCUAGGGAGCAAGUAUCUUAAAGAGGUGAAAAGGGUUCUUAAAUUAGGUGGCAAGUACCUUUGUCUCACUCUUGCUGAAUCUCAUGUUAUAGGGUUGAUUUUCGCCAAGUUUAGGUUUGGUUGGGAAACAAGUAUUUCUGCUAUGCCACAUGAACCUGGUGGUGGGAGAUUUCAGACCUUCUUGGUAACUAUUGUGAAAGAGAAUCUGGAUAGGUUAAAUCCAGUUAUCUCAUCAUUUGAUGAGUCUGUCUUGGAUUACAAUACUGCUCAAGCCAGUGCUUUGGUUAGUCUGAUGGAAAACGAGAACAAAAUUCGUGAGAAAACCUCCUCUGCCCAUGAUAUUCUAUAUAACUUGGAAGAUCUGCUGCUAGGAGCCAAGGGAAAUAUAAAGGAGCUUCAACCAGGACGCAGGUGCAGCUUGAUUCUUGGCGAACAAGGGGAUUCCCUUUAUAGUUACAAAACUGUAAUUUUGGAUGCUAAGCAGCAACCUGAUCCAUUUUUAUAUCAUUGUGGGGUCUUUAUAGUGCCUAAGAUUCGAGCUCAUGAAUGGUUAUUCACUUCAGAAGAAGGUCAGUGGCUGGUAGUUGGAAGUUCUAAAGCAGCUCGUCUGAUAAUGAUUUUCUUAGAUUCAAGUCACAGCCUCGCCAGCAUGGAUGACAUCCAGAAGGACCUGUCUCCACUUGUAAAAACUGUUGCACCAGGUGAACCUGCUGAUGAAGCUAAAAUCCCGUUCAUGAUGGCCAAUGAUGGUGUCAAGCAAAGGAGCAUUGUCAAGCAGGUUACAUCCCCAGUAACUGGUCCAAUAAUUGUGGAGGAUGUGGUCUAUGAAAAUUCUAAUGGUGACAACUCAAUUUCCACAGUGUCAGAUGCUAAAAUAUUCCGCCGUCUUACAUUUGAAAGAAGUUCGGGUUUAGUACAAUCAGAAGCUUUACUAAGAAAAGAAUCAUUUCAAAUGGACCCUAGUGAAGCAGAGAAGAAAAGAAGUCUCAUAUCUUCAAAAUCUAGAAAAAAAGGCGGCAAGAAAAGAAGUGAUUCUUGCAAUUCACCACAUGGAUCCAGCGGCAAUUAUGAGGUUGACCAUGCCAGCCUGGCCAGUUCUUACCACAGUGGAAUAAUCUGUGGUUUUGCCCUGAUUGCUUCCUCAUUGGAAAGUGCUGCCUCGUUAAGGAAAAAGGUGAAAACAGUAAUAAUUGGUCUUGGCGCUGGGCUUCUUCCCAUGUUUCUUCAUGGGUGCCUUCCUUUUCUGGACAUUGAGGUAGUUGAGUUGGAUCCUGUAAUUUUUGAUUUGGCAAAGGACUGUUUUGGGUUUACGGAGGAUAAAGAGUUGAAGGUGCACAUUGGUGACGGUAUAAAAUUCAUCCAGGACAGAAAUGUUUCUGGAUCUUCUAAAGCCGUUGUGCAGGAUGAGAAACGAGAUUCUGAUGCGAAUGCGCAGGAUGAAUAUGCUGGAAUCAAAAUACUUAUUAUAGAUGCAGAUUCAUCUGACCUGAGUUCCGGGUUGACUUGCCCUCCCACCGAUUUCAUAGAAGAACCAUUCCUUUUAUCUGUCAAGAAAUUUCUAUCUGGAGGCCUCUUUGUGGCAAAUUUAGUUUCAAGAUCUACUGGGAUCAGAAAAACGGUGAUUUCAAGAAUGAAAUCAGUGUUCACACAAGUCUUCUCCCUCGAGCUGGAAGAAGAUGUCAAUGAAGUUCUCUUCGCCUCUGAUACGGCUGCGUGCACUGAAAUGGAUCGUUUACCUGAGGCCACUGCUCAACUCCAGAGACUGUUGAAAUUCCCCCUGCCUGCAAACCACAUUGUGACCGAAAAUAUUAAAUGUUUGAACUAAAUUUGGUUGGAUUUAGAUCACAGCUUGUAUUUUUUACUACUACCAGUGUAAAUUAACAAGUAUAUCUGCUUGCUUUUACAACCAAACAACUCCGUUGCGAAGAAUGAGAACUUGGUUAAUUUGAGA